AUGAAGACGGUCGUCCUAGAUAACGGCUCAGCUUGCAUAAAGCUCAUACAAGUAUCUGAGUCAGAAACUGAUCGCUUUUCCACUGCUCCAAACUGUGUCGCUCGCUCCAAGGAUGAUAGGAAGCUAUUCAUCGGUCCUGAGCUAUGGCCGCGAUUACAGCAGCAACCGCAAACAAUGCAAUUCAAGAGAGCGCAUGACAGAGGAUACUUAACAUCUUGGGAGACUGAGCGGCUUAUCUGGGACGAGCUCUUUCGUACCACAGGUGUUGAUGAUGCACUAGCAGCUAAUGUACUACUCAUCUUGUCAGAGCCGCCAGAUAACUUGUCCACCUUACAGGAGAUGACUGACCAUAUGGUCUUUGACUACUUUCGCUUUGAUGCUUUUGUACGGUGUCCUACAGCUCUCCUUGCAAGUUACGGCGCUGCGUCAGCCUUAGGAGAUUUACAAGGUCGGCAAAGAGAGUUUUGUCUUGUCGUGGAUGUUGGAUUCUCACAUACGCACAUCACACCUAUCAUUGAUGGUCAAGUAGCCACAAUGCACGUCAAGCGUCUUGAUAUCGGUGGCAAAUUUUUGACCAAUGUUUUGAAAGAGAGCAUCUCAUUUCGUCACUACAACAUGAUGGAAGAGACUCUGCUAGUAGAACACAUCAAGGAAGCGUGUUGCUUUGUGUCUAUGGAGUUUGAAAAAGACAUGGAGCGUGCGCGGGAUGGUACACUCAAGACACAGUAUCUGCUUCCUGACGUGGCCACCAACACGCCCGGUCGUCUUGUCGAGGCUGAAGACAUAGCUGCACUUUCCGAAGACGCGCAACUCUUGCCAUUGACGAGCGAAACAUUUACGAUACCAGAACUCUUGUUCACACCAAGCGAUAUGAGUCAUACGCAAGGAGGAGUUGUCGAUGGGAUCGUGCAGGCCAUUGAGACCCUUCCUAGACACAUCCAAGGUCUUCUACUCGCCAAUAUCAUCGUCCUUGGGAAUAGCUCACGUUUCAAAAACUUUGAAGCCAGACUGGAGCGUGAUUUGCAAAGU